AUGGCUAAGAAACUCACUAUUCUCAUCACCGGCUGUUCUGCCGACGGCAUUGGUGCCGUUCUCGCGCUCACUCUCGCCAAGCAAGGCCACCACAUCUUUGCUACUGCACGCAAUACUUCCAAGAUCCCCUCUGAGCUCAGCAACCUCCCCAACGUGUCUGUAAUAGCCCUGGAUGUUUCAUCCAAUGAGUCCGUUGCAGGGGCCGCAAAGUCAGUCGAGGAGGCUGGACACGGUCUAGACGUGUUGGUGAACAACGCAGGAUUUGGAUACACGAUGCCAAUUCUAGACGUGGACAUUGACAAGGCGCAAAACCUAUACAAUGCGAAUGUCUGGGGAGUGGUGAGAACUGUUCAGGCAUUUGCCGGGCAGUUGAUCGAAAGCAAAGGCCGAGUGGUCAACAUGAGCUCUGUCGGUUCUGUAGUCAACACUCCGUGGAUUGGAACUUAUGCCUCCUCUAAAGCUGCCAUCAACAGCAUAUCCGAGACGCUUCGCUUGGAACUUUCCCCCUUUGGCGUGAGCGUUGUAACCAUCCUGCUUGGCACCGUCGCCACGCCGUUUCACGCAAAUGAGCCGAUUCCUGAUCUUCCCGCAACGUCUUACUACGCCACUAUCCUUGAGACAAUCACCAAGUGGGCCAAGAAUGAGCUCGGCCCCAAAGGAGGGUCUACACAUGAGCUCGUCAAUUCUAUCGUGCCAGAUAUCGUGGCGAGUGGCAGAAACGGAAUAGUAUGGAGAGGGGCGUACAGCGGAAUUAUUUGGUUUGUGACGCGGUGGCUACCAGUAGGGAUACUUGAUGCGAUGAUGUCUAAUGACCAAGGUUUGGACGUCCUGGCCAAGAACUCAGCCAGGUCCUGA